AUGCCGUCUCCGGCCUCCACCUUCGUCGUCGUUGUCGUCUUUCUCUUCGUCGUCUCCUUGUCCGAUAGAAAUUGCGAAGCGGCUGACAAGGACCACGAUUUCUCCUUCUCUUUUGAUGGAUUGGAGAAAAAUCGGAGCUUUGACUCGGAUUUCUCCCUCUACGGGGACGCCGAGAUGAGUGGCUCCGCGGUCAGGAUCGCGCAGCCGGCGUACUCGAGCUCAGGGCGGAUCGCGUACAGGAAAGCCAUCAGAUUCUUGGGGACCAAGCCUGGGUUUUCCUCCUCCUUCUCUUUCUCCAUCUCCCGGGGCGACGGUGGUUCCCUAGCCUUCUUCUUGUCACCGAGCGGUCUUCCUCUGGUGUCAGCAGAAAGGGAUCGGCUUGGGCGCUCGACCGGUGAUGUUGCAGUGAGGUUUGGGAGGUUCAACGUCGAGAAACUUGGUGAGUUAGGUGGAAGCUUCAUCGAAAUCGAUGUCGAGGGAGAACCAUUGACGAGGAGCAGCGACCUUACUGAAGUUGGUCUGAUUCUGAACAGCGGAGAGAAGCUGCGUUCUUGGAUUGACUACGACGGGGAAUCGAAGAGGAUAGAGGUGAGGCUGAGCCAAGCCAGGGAUCCAAGGCCGAGGAACUCUUCCAUCUCUUACUCGAUCGAUCUGUCUAAUGUUCUGUGGCGGGAGGCAGUGUUUGUGGGCAUCAGCUUUUCCAGUGGGAAUUCAACUCACACCAGCAGUAUAUACUCGUGGAAUUUUGCAGUGAAGCACGGAGCUCCGUAUCUGAUGCACUCGGAGCCUCUGAAUCCCGAUUCAUUCCUUGUGCGAUCCACCGAGAGCCCUUCUGUCCAUCUAAGGAAGGCCUCUCCUUGGGGGGUUUUCAUGGCGAUGGUGUUUGCUGCUGCUUGUGGUGCAAUGCUGGCGUUGUUCGUGAUGCUCGUGUGGGCUGUGCUCGCCGCUCGGCGUCCGGUGGCUCCCGUAGAGUCUCCUGUGGGUGUUGCAUAUGGAAAGAUCGUAUCGGCUGGAGAUACGUGUCUCGACAACGUUAAGUAA